AUGAAAGAUACAUGUAAGGCAUCGGCGAAAAACCGAACCACCAUGAGAUAUUCUCAUGCAUCAACAUCUACUUCAUUUUCAUCUCAAUAUGUUUUUUUUAAAGCCAUUAAAGCAAAAACAAAAAAAACACAACACAAGAAAUCGAAAUCGAAAGCAAAUUUUUCAUGUCAGCCGAUUACUGUAACUUGUGAAAAGAAGAAUAAAAAAUUGUCUGGAAUCUCUAGUAACAUAUCGGAAAAAAAAUUUUUGAUGACCAAAUAA